AUGGCUUCCCGACGCGUCUCCGACCUGAUAGCGGUUCUCUCAGCCUCCUCGGCGGUGGCGAGAAAGCACUGCUUGAUACGGACUCAGCAAUUGGACCUCUACGCUUCUACAUCUAGCAUACUAAAAUCCUGUUAUGGAUCCCGAGAUAUAGCCCCUGCUAAGCCCGGAAGCGCGAAGAAGGAGGGGAUUGAACGAGACCGUUUCUACCACCCUGAAGUUUUGAAUAGCCCAGAUCCCGCGCCGGGAGGGGGUUUUCCUAUAACGCAGGAACAGGCGGACGAUAACCCUUUUCCUGACGGGGCAAUUCCCACUUCCAGCACCUCUCCUCAUUCCUCGGGCGGAGGAGGAAGGGGUGAAGGCCACAGCUCUGGCCGGGCAACAGAAGUCUCUAAGGAAUCUCUUUCAAGGGCUGGACCGCAAUUGAAGCCACAAUCAUCUAAACAAUCAGCAACUCCGAUGCGACGGACGUCCCUGUCACCAGAAGAAGAGAAGAGAUUACAGCACGAAUCAGAGACCUCAAUUCCUUCUGCUGUGGCGGAACUCCCUGGUCGGAUGGAGACCCAAGGAAUCGACGAUGACGUGCUCUAUCUCAGGCAAGCAAGAUCCUCGCCAUUGCUGUCCAACUUGCCUCGUGUGAAGAUACCGCCACGGACGGAGGGUGGACAAGGGCCUCCUGGGAAGACUAGUUCUGAUGUUCUCUAUACGGCACCAAAGAAAGGUGGGGAGAUGACAGAGAUACCUGAAGAGGUUGCUGUACCGGGACAAGAGAGCAGUGUGGAGGGGCUUAAUGGAGAUUUUUUCCACAGUCGACGGGCAAAGUCCCUGUUUACGCGGCUCCAAGGCACGGAACAGAAGACAUUGGAGAAAGCUGCAGAGACCCCGAGGGACGAAACGAAAUCGACUGAGGGGAGGGAUCAGAAUACUUUUUACAAACGAACUAGCGUAGACAUAUCACCUUCCACCGGUACUGCCUCGUCGACUAUAAGUAGCGUAUCGAAGAAAGAAAAGAAGGAUAUUGAAGACCUUGCAUCCGAGUUAUCAAAAGAUGUAGGAAAAGCUUCUGCUGCUGUCACCGAGCAGGUAUGAAUUCCAUCUUCAGCGAUUUAACCAAUCGUUGUUUCUAUCUCUUAAUUUCCGAAAAUUGCCGGGAAAGACGCUGAUCACUCGCUGAUCAGUCAUCGGCGAAUACCAGGUUGAAAGACCGGCCUUCCAAAUGAGCGCCUCCCGUGUCCCCUCUUCCCGUCUCGGAAGGCUCUUUCAUUAUGGUGGAUUAGCAGCCGGUAUGGCGUGGGGGGCGGCGGGCGAAUCCCUUCGACGAGCCACUAGAGGGGGGGAUAGUGCGUCCACCAGCGGCGUAGUUUUAAGUCCGGCAAACGUGGAGAGAUUGGUUAAAAAAUUGAGUAUGAUGCGAGGGGCGGCUUUGAAGCUUGGCCAAAUGAUGAGCAUUCAAGGUAUGCAAGCACAAAUACACAAGUACACACGAGCUGACCGGGCUAGAUUCGGAAAUGCUUCCACAAGCGAUACAGGAGGUUCUCACACGUGUCCAGGACAGCGCGGAUUACAUGCCACCCUUCCAACGCGAUUCUGUCUUAGAAAGUGAUUUGGGUCCUAAGUGGCGGGAUUUAUUCUCCGCGUUUGAAGAGAUACCGAUGGCUGCCGCCUCGAUCGGUCAGGUACACGCAGCAACCCUCUCAUCCAAUGGUCUCCCUGUUGCUGUCAAAAUCCAGUACCCCGGAGUCGCCGCGUCAAUUUCUUCGGACCUAAGCAACCUGGCCAUCCUCCUGACAGCGUCCCGCCUUCUUCCUAAAGGUCUUUACCUCGACAAAACUAUUGCGAACGCAAGAGUAGAACUAGCCUGGGAAUGCGACUACCUUCGUGAAGCGGAAUGUGCAAAGCGCUUCGCGGCACUUCUCCAGAAUGACACUUCUAUAUUCAAGGUCCCCGCUAUUAUCGACGAGGCGUGUGGCCCUCAGGUGCUAACGAUGGAGAGAAUGGGUGGUAUUGGCGUAACGAAGAUAAUCAGCAAAUUGACGCAACAGGAACGAGACUUCAUUGGCACUCAGAUCCUCAGACUGUGUUUUCGAGAAGUUCGAGAGUUUAGGUUUAUGCAAACCGAUCCAAACUGGACGAAUUUCCUAUGGAAUACGGAGGAGCAAAAGGCAUCCCCCUCUCCCCGCGCUCCUCUUGUUGAAAAAAAAAGCUAACGGGCCCAGAUCGAACUUCUCGACUUUGGUGCCUCAAGGGCCUACCCGGAACCCUUCGUCCAAACCUACUGCGCCCUCCUAAGGGCCGGCGCUCGCAGCGAAGAAUCUCAAGUCCGUGAUCUCUCCCUAAAGCUCGGCUUCCUCACUGGCCUCGAAUCCCAAGCGAUGCUGCGUGCACACGUCGGAUCUAUUCUCGCCCUAUCAGAGCCCUUCAGUACUAACGCGCCGGAGGUCUACGACUUUAGCGGCCAGACCGUGACCAAUCGUGUCCGCGGGUUUAUCCCAUUGAUGAUGAGGGAGAGGCUUACCCCGCCCCCCGAGGAGACGUAUAGUCUGCAUCGGAAGCUCAGUGGAGCUUUUUUGCUGUGUGCUAGAUUGGGGAGUAGGGUGCCUUGCAGGGAGAUUUUCGAGGAAGUUUUGGUCGAGUAGAGGGAGGUGCGAGCAGUUUGUGGUGAUACCUAGACUUUGGGGGAGCGGAGGUUUGUGAGUUUUUCCUUUUAUUCCGAUUUUUUUCUUUUGCAUUAUAGUAGAAUAUAUAGCACAUCUCCAUGCACUGUCUCUCUGGUC